AUGUUUGUUCAUAGAGAAAAGGUUGACUUGUCCAAGUUGCCACAUACUUAUGAUGGUGAAGUGACCCUUGCUGUUAUUGGAGGUACCGGUUUAUACGAUUUGCCCAAUUUGAAACCAAUUGCAAGGUUGACUGUUAGUACACCAUGGGGAUUCCCAUCGGGACCAAUCACCAUUUCUCAAACUGAUUCUGGCUUUCCUGUUGCGUUUUUAGCAAGACAUGGACAACACCAUGACUUGUUACCUAGCGAUGUUCCUUCAAGAGCCAAUAUUGCCGCAUUGAAAAAAUUGGGUGUCAAGGCCAUAAUUGCAUUCUCAGCCGUUGGAUCAUUGCAACCAGAGAUCAAGCCAAGAGACUUUGUUUUGCCUACCCAAAUCAUCGAUAGAACAAAGGGAAUCAGACCAUCUACUUUUUUCGAAAAGGGGUUUGUUGCUCAUGCAAUGUUUGGUGAACCAUUCGACUUGAAAUUGAACGAACUCAUUGCCAAUGCAAUCCCAUCAAGCGGAUUCCUUGAAGGCGAAAACGAUGCAAAACCAACAUUACACACCAAGAAACACACAAAUGACAAUGAAGACCUCACCAUUAUCUGUAUGGAGGGCCCACAGUUCUCUACACGUGCCGAGUCCAAACUAUACAGAUCCUGGGGUGGCUCAAUCAUCAACAUGUCAGUAUUGCCCGAAGCCAAAUUGGCACGUGAGGCUGAGAUUGCCUAUCAAAUGAUUUGUAUGUCUACUGACUACGACUCAUGGAAUGAAAGCGAAGAGCCAGUCACCGUGGAAACCGUUGUUGGCAACCUCAAAGCCAACUCUGCCAAUGCAUGCAAAUUGGCGGCCAAAUUAAUUGACGAGUUUGCUGAAAAGGGCCAAGGUAUUGGGGAUGAUAUCAAAGGCUCCAUGAAGUUUGCAGUGAGCACAAGUCCACAUGGGGUCAAGAAGGAAUUGUUAGAAAAGAUGCACUAUUUAUUCCCAGGCUACUGGGAAGUCUAA